AUAUAUAGUUUUGUACUUGCGGUUUUGACAUCACUCCAUUUAACCCGGGUUAACCUAGUUGGAGUCACUUUAAAGACCUGCCCCUGUUGCGACAAGCCCCUUCCUCUUUCACUUGAACUGAACCACAUGCUGACUCCAAACCUCCACACAGCAGCAGCAGCAGCAGCAGCAGCAGCAGCACUUGCAAGCCAAACAGAUAAGCCGCAGGCACAUCCCCCUUUCACACCCUGCUGUAAGUUAUAAACCUCCACAUCACUGGCAGCAUUUAACAGCUGCUUCACACACAACAAGAGGAGGAACUCAGGAUCUGUCUGAUUAAACAUGGAGGAAUGUUAUAUUCCCAGGCUUAAUGAAUGGAUUCAGUGACUAAUGGCUUACUGUACAUUGUAAGAGUCUGAGUGGUUUCAGCUAUUCAAAACCAACCAGCGAGGGUGUGUCUGGUCACUGUUACUACUACGGCAUGCAGGAUGGGCCAAACUCGCUCGGAUCUAUCGCACACCACCACCGACAGCUCAGCCAGAGCGAAAUGGAAAGCAGGCGACAGCACAGCUCAGCGGCUCCGUAUCCACAGGUUUAGGAGCGGGGAGAAGCGGCAGAGCCAGCACAUGAACAGGAAUCCGAUGAAAAAUAAAGUGCUGUCGUGUUUGGGAAGGAGAAAGCGAGACUCCAGCCAAACCGAGGCCGAUUUAGGUUGCGGAAACGGAGCCAGAGAUCCAGCAACGCGCCGCGAUCACAGAGUAGGAAAGUUGCCGAGGGACGAGGUUUCGUCGACGGCUGGGGAGCAGCCAGCAUCCCCGGGUUGUUUCGAGAGAUCAUCCGGCCUAGAUGAGAGCACCGGAGAAGCUACCCAGCUGAGCCGGGAGACAGCGGCUGGCCCGUCUGAUGCGUCGGGUUUGGAAACGCGGACCGGUGAAGUCAGCGGUGCGGGCUGCAAGGAUCCGAAACCCGGGCGAGAGGACAAUGCCUCGGACCCCUCGACGAGGGCCAUGGAAGAUCAGCUACUGGGGGGAAACAACCAGGAUCGUGUUGUGUGUGAGGUUAGAGAAUUAAAGAGUCUGAGUUCAGCCCCGCUGCUCACCUCUGACCCGGACACUAAGCGGACUUUGUCUCCGGAUCAACCUCUGGGUGCUGGACUGUCUGCACCGGAGGAUCACGAGGCUGAAAUGACAAAAACAGACCGUAAUACCGUUUCAUGUGCGCCCAAAGCGACCGGCGACCAGGACAACUGUAGUCCAGGUGAAACCGAGAGCCCAAAGGACUCUGAUCAGACCCCUCGUGGUUACCCAGGAACUAUACCCAAACUCAUCAUAACCAGAGACCCCAGCCCGACCCGCUCUCAGGAGACACCGGCCCUGCUGAGCACCCGAACCACGGAGCUCAGCACCGGUUCAUGUCUGGACCCUCACCCAGAUGAUGAGUCUCCCUGCUCGGACAGCGGUUGCGGAGGGUCCCCAGCGCUGAUGCGCUCCCCGAGGAAGCUGUCCAACUCCUCCUCUAUCGGCCUGUCCUCCGCCUCGUCCUUCGAGGAGUCCGAGGACGACUUCACCGGGAGCGACAUCGAGUCCAGUUUGUCUCCGGCCCGGUCGCUGUGCAGCCCGGACGAUGGGACAGGGAACAAGUCCUGGCAGAAAUUGAAGACCAUGGUUCACUGGUCUCCCUUCGUUGUGUCCUUCAAGAAGCGUUACCCAUGGGUGCAGCUAGCCGGCCAUGCAGGUAACUUCCAGGCCGGGGAGAACGGACGCUUGUUGAAGCGAUACUGUGAGUGUGAGCAGCAGUGCCUACAGAAGCUGAUGAAGGACACUCUGCGCCCUUAUGUGCCUGGUUAUUAUGGUGUCGUACAGAGAAACGAGCUGGACUACAACCUGAUGGAUGACCUGUUGGCCGACUUCGACUCACCCUCCAUCAUGGACUGUAAGAUGGGCAGCAGGACAUACUUGGAGGAGGAGCUGAUAAAAGCCAGAGAACGUCCACGUUUGAGGAAGGACAUGUAUGAGAAGAUGGUGGCAGUGGACCCCGGAGCCCCCACUGAGCAGGAGAGGGCCCAACAGGGAGUCCUCAAGCCCAGAUACAUGCAGUGGAGGGAGACACUCAGCUCCACAGCCACCAUGGGCUUCCGCAUCGAAGGCAUUAAGAAAUCUGAUGGAACUUGUAACACCAACUUUAAGAAGACAAAGCACAGGGAGCAGGUGAUGCAGGCUUUGGAGGACUUUGUAGCUGGCAACACUCAGAUUCUGAAACUCUACCUGCAGCGGCUGGAGGAACUUCGGUCAGUCCUCGAGCAGUCGCAGUUCUUCAGGACACAUGAGGUUGUCGGCAGCUCCCUGCUGUUUGUGCACGACGCCUCAGGGAAGGCCAGAGUGUGGAUGAUCGACUUUGGGAAGACAGUUCCACUGCUGGCCCCUCGUACCCUGGACCACAGGACGCCCUGGGUGGAGGGCAACAGGGAGGAUGGCUACCUGUGGGGACUGGACAACCUCAUAGAUAUCCUCAGCAGUAUGCUCCCAGAGACACCUUGAAAGCGUGACUCGAGAAGACUGCAAUGAAACAUUAGUCCGCGUCCCGAUGGUGGAAGAGAUACAAGAUCGGGAGAAAACACAAACUGAGACUGACAGAGGAUGGAUCAGGCCUCCAGUUUGAUGACUUUGUUCAUGAUCCACGUCCAAGUGUCUUUAUCCAGCUGCAGCUGUGCAAGAAGAAGAUUUAAGACAAUCGCAAGACUUCUGUUGCAAAGUUGGAAAUGCCAAAGGCCGACAUCAUGCAUUACAGGACAGAUGACCUGCGAUGAGUUGAGGCAAAAAGUGGAAGGAGCAAGAAAAGGGGAAAACUUAAAUCAUCUGUCACACAGACUGUGGCUUACUUUCUGAGAAUACAGUCAUACAGACUUGAUGCACCUCUCCCUCCUCUCCAUCUCCCUCUGUUGGUUAAAGUUGCACAAAUCACUCUCGUGAGCAUAAACUUGAUCCAGAAGGUAUGAGACCUUCAGCCUUCAGAGGUGCAGUUGGGUCGUGGGGAGUUUUCUUUUCAUCACUUCUGACGUUUAACUAUACAGCAACACUAAAAACACUGGUCGGACCACGUGUUAACUAACUCAGCGUGUAAAUACAAGUUUAUUUAAUGUUUUGUUUUUUUUUGGCCUUGGUAUAACCUCCUUAACUUGUUUGUUCAGUUUCUGUGCCUCACAUUUUUAAAGAAAGAGCUGUUUGAUCAUUCCGGUGCAGUGGACUCGUGCUAUUUUUCUUCCAAAGAGUUCACCCAAGUGUAAAAGUGAUUCGCAUCUAAUCACAAAGUUUAACUUCUCGUAGAAAGUGUUUUCUAAAUUUGUUUUUUUUUGUAUGAUAAUGCAGUGAAAGUUUUCUUUAUCCAUUGAACUGUACAGUAAGCAGCUUGGCAGCCAUGUUUGUCUGGAAUUCGUUGCACUAUGGAUCCUCACAAAGCCAUUUGAACAAAUCAAGCGGUGCCUCGGUGAGUCUUAAGAUGGGAAGCAGCAGUCAAGUACUGGGUUUACAGGUGCAGACGUUUUAAGAAGUUCAACGUGAAUUUAAUUUGUCGUCAUCACUUCAUUCUCCCCGAUCAGUGUUGCUUCCGAUUUGCAGGGAGUUUUUACAGUUGAACAGUGGUGGAAAGGGUGAAAUGAGACUGGAUUUAUUUACCUGAUUAAACUGAUCAGUCUGUUGAGGCUUUUGUGAGGUUUCACUUAUGUAUCAACAUACACGUGAUCUUGAAACUGGAAAUUUUGAACGUGUCUUAAUGAUUCAAGGGAUGAAACUCAAAUACAAGAUCACUUUGAACACGAGAACGUUGCUGUGAACCUCAUUUAGCUACACUAAAGAGGUUUGUGGGUCUGUGGGACUUUUUGUAUGGAAAAUGGAGUUUACAAAACAACAUUGUUAAAUUUAGAUUUUAGAGCGACAGUGAUGCCUGUCGCUCCACGACUGGAAUGCAGCAGGUUGGUGAACACAACAAUGUUGAGUCUUCCAAGCGUCCUUCGAGAGUGUCAGGCAGCGCUGUUUGGGCGUGUGCGUAGGCAGUUCCCUGAGCGCACAUACUACUUUAACAGCACUGCAGUAUCUGACCUAAUGAAAUUGGAAUUCAAAUUCAAGCUUAUCUCAAAAGUACACCAACUGGAAGAAAGUAAUAAUAGCGUUUACAAAGUAUUAUAUUUCAUUGCCCACAAAUCCUCUAUAUUUAUAAAAUGGCAAACUAUCAUGUUUUCAAACUGGGUGCUGCUUUAUAAGUAAGAACUGGAUUCAUAACCACAUUUUGUAUUUUUAAAAAGACAGAAGAUUGCUAUUAAUUCCCUGCUUUGUCCAGGUCAUGCAUUGCAAUAAACUGGAAAUAAGA